GCUAGUGUGAGAAGGACAGGCUGAAAGAUUACAAGGCGAAGACCGUGAUUGCCCUGAUAAACUUGAUGUGUACAUCUUUUUCUUUUUUGCAUUGCGUUAUAAUUAAAUUAAAUACGUUUUAUUAUUACAUCUUUUGAUGACAGCGCACCAGGAUGAGAUGAGUUUACUGCACAUCAAACUGUGUGACAGCUGCUGUCAUGAAUAAGUGAAACAUACAAAGAGCUGCGGGCAUGAAUACUAUAGGAGUUUCAUUUUUAGAUCCCUUGGAUGAUUAUGAGAUUAUUCAUCUGAUCGGGAGCGGCACUUAUGGAGAAGUCUUUAAGGCUAGAAACAUUAGGAGCUCAGAAAUGGCUGCUAUCAAAAUUGUUAAACUGGAUCCAGGUGAUGACAUCACCUCCAUCCAGCAGGAGAUAACAAUGAUGAAGGAGUGUAAGCAUAAGAACAUUGUGGCCUAUUAUGGCACUUACCACAGGUACAGUAAUGUUUGUGCCUUGCCUGGUAUUUCUCCAGUAGUUGUCAGGGCAUAGAAAGGUGCAUUCUACAACAUGUUUUAUACCCCUACAGGCAGUUACACAAUCAGA